AUGGUGAAAGAUACGACUUAUUACGAUAUUUUGCAGGUGUCAUACGAUGCCACACCGGCUGAAAUCAAGAAGUCUUACCGGAAGUUGGCCAUCAAGACACAUCCGGAUAAGAAUCCGAACGAUCCUGAUGCGCAGACGAAGUUUCAGGAAUUAGCGAAGGCCUACCAGGUGUUGAUCGAUGAAGACUCGCGGAAAAAAUAUGACCAAUUUGGUUUGGAUGAGUCUAAUGGAGAAAUACCUAUGGAUCAAGAUCCUUAUGAGAUGUUAAUGGCUGUGUUUGGUGGUGAUUCUUUCACAGCAUGGAUUGGUGAGUACGGAUUGUUGAAGAACUUCUUGAGUGAAUCCGAUCUGUUCCAGGAGGAGGAUGAGAGCGAAGGCGACAAGAGUGAUUCAGCAGCACCAGCUAAUGCAGAGAAUGGCAGCAGCUCAGAGCUGACCAAGCAUAAUGGGAAGAAGGCCUCUGUAGAGAGGGAGAAAGAAAGAGAGAAGGAAAAAGCCAAACGUGACAAGAUGCGUGAGUUCGAAGAAAGAAGGAUGGAGGAUCAGCGGAAGCAAGUCGAAAUAUUGGUUAACAACUUGAACAAGAAAUACGAAGAGUAUACUGCUUGUAUAAAAAGUGGAUCGGAAGACGAGUUCUUCAACAAGCUACAAAAGGAGAUUGAUGAUAACUUGAAGUAUGAGAGUUUCGGUCUGGAACUAUUGCAGUUAAUAGCGUCCGUGUACAAGAGAAAAGCUAAGAACUUCAUCAUGUCCAAGAAAACCAAAGGGAUCAGUAAGAUAUUCACUGGUACGCGUGAAAAAGGUAAAACCGUAAAAUCAAUGUACAAGACCGUCAGUGCAGCAAUGGAUGCCAUGAAAACGCAGCAAUUGACAGAAGAUAUCGACUGGGAGGCUAUGGAUCCAUUCGAACGUGCUAAUGUUGAAACCCAAAUUCAAGGUAAAUCCAUGGGCUUAUUCUGGGCUUUGAACAAAUUCGAAUUGGAACAAAAGUUAAAGUUGGUUGUAGAUAAACUGUUGGAUGAUAAGUCCGUGCCUUCAAAGACUAGAAUCGACAAGGCCAACUUCUUAAUAAUGCUUGCUGACAGAUUUAGCUCUGCUAAAAGAAACCCUGAAGAUAUGGAUCCAGUUAUCUUGGAAUUCGAAGAAUUGGUCAGAAACGCGAAACACAUUAAAGUGAACGCCCCAUUAAAACCAAAAUCUGCAGAAGUACAUCCUGUUGAAAACACCAACCAUGCGGGUGCCAUUCACCCACCUCAAGAAAAUGCAAACUAA